AUGACAAAGAAGUCCAUACUGGUUCAUUUGUUGUCGGUCGGUUGCGAUGUAAACAUUCAAAAUCAGAAGAGAGAAUCGCCCCUUGUGAUUGCGAUACUUUCCAAUAACGCAGAAAUCGUAGAAAUACUUUUGGACGCGGGAGCCGAUCACGUAAAUACCAAUUUUUAUGGUAACUUUGGCCCACUGCAUUUUGCCGCCGAGAGGGGCUACGCCGAAAUUAUUAAACUACUUUUGAAAGCCGGAGCGGACGUGAAAGCUGUCAAUGUCGGACGACGUACGGCUUUGCAUAUGGCAAUUGCAACAGAAUACAAGGAUGACUCGACUUGCCGCUCGGAGGCCGUCAGGGCGCUGAUCCACGCCGGUUCGGAUGUGAACGCGAAAGACGAUUCAGACGAGACUCCACUUCACUGCGCCGUCAAUUACGACCGAAGCGACGUUCUGGAACUGCUGUUGGACGCGGGUGCUGACGUCCAAGUGCCGGAUUGCCCAUGUCCACCUUUACACCUGGCGAUAGAGAGGAACAAGCCACAUUUGGCCAAACGACUCGUCGAAGUUGGCACCAACGUCAACAACUGGAGGGACCAAGAGGCCAGGACAUUUCUACACUUGGCCGUGGCUUCGGCGAAGCCCGCGAUGGUGAAACUUCUUUUGGAGGCCGGAGCCUCCGUCGACGUCUGCGACAAAGACGAUCUCGAUCCGCUCUGUUACGGAUUAAAGACGCGCAGCGCUGACCUGAACAAACAGAUGUCCUCGAGGUUCAACAAAGGCCGGCACGACGACUGCGACCACGACAUUGAAACUCUUUACCCCAACCUUCUUCACGAUCAGACGGAGUGCACGAGGUUGCUGCUGAAACACGGGAAAAACAUCAACCGAGUGAACAAGAGUGGCCUGACAGCUCUGCUCGUCGCUGUCCAGGACUGCAAUCACAGCGAAGUGGUGCGUUUUUUGUUGGAGAAUGGGGCAAUUUUCGACCCCAACCACCCGAUCGUACGGGACGUUAUAUUGAGCGAAAACGGUUCCUCGGUUCCUUACCUCCUGUUGCGACACGCGGCUCUGUUCGAAGCGCAAAAUCCAAAGGGUGGAUCAUUGAACUUCGAGGUCAGAAGAGCUUUGAACGGGUAUCGGUUGGGGAAGCAUCGCGAGAAGUGUAAGCAGGAGUUGGAGUCGAUGAAAAACUCGUGGAUCUACGGCUCAGUUUCGUUUUUCAGUGUACUCCUUCGGGACAAAGAUAUCGGACCGUACGUCCGAGACGAGCAGCUUGACAAGGCCUUCGUGAAGCAGUUUGCCGAGAAGAAAUUUCCAAUUUAUUGCGAUUUGUUGGUGGAAAGGUUCGACAGGUUGAUGGAGAUGCGAAGGGGCAACGCGAAUAAUAAUUGUACUGUUAUGUGA